AUGCAUGAGAGUGCCAUGACUCAACACCCGGUGACAGUUAUGAAUGGAAAUGUAAGUGUGAUGUGUGCAGCACCUUACGAUGAUGACCGGAUUCCUCUGCUUGUUCUCUACAGUGCCGUGCUGAUUGUGGGUCUACCAGCCAACUUGACCACUAUCUGCCUAACGUUAAUUCAGGUGUGCCGCAGCAAUGUAUUGGCUGUUUACCUGCUGAGCCUGUCACUGUGUGACUUUACCUACCUGCUUACACUGCCUGUUUGGGCAGUUUAUGUAAGUAAUGGCCACCACUGGCCCUGGAGUUCACUGGCAUGCCAGCUUACAGGGUAUGUCUUCUUUACCAACAUGUACAUCAGCAUUUUCCUUCUCUGCUGCAUCUCUUUAGACCGCUAUGUGGCCGUGGUCUAUGCUGUGGAGUCUCGGGGACUUCGUCAACAAAGGUCUGCUGUUAUCAUUACCCUCUCUAUCUGUGUUUUGGUUGGCCUGGGUCAUGCUCCAGUAUUUAGCAUGCCUAAAGGCCAUGCCACUAAUGAAGAUCACCAAUGUUUUGAGCCAAGCCAGAGUACAGACAUGAUUACAGGCUUUAACUAUGCUCGCUUUGGUGUGGGCUUCUUGUGCCCGCUGACAUUGCUAAUUUUCACCAACUACACCAUCUUGACCAAUGUGCAUGCUAGUACAGGUUUACAGGCACAACAAAAGCAAAAGGUGCGUCUUUUGAUCAUUGCUGUGGUUCUGCUUUUUCUGAUUUGCUUCGGCCCAUACCACGCAGUCCUGCUGUUGCGCGCUGUUACCUACCACUUCCCUUCACUGCAGGAGGACUGCCACUUUGAGAGAAAUGUCUACACACCAUACAGCAUCUCACUGGGCCUGUCCACAAUUAACAGUGCUGUAAACCCAGUUCUGUAUGUGUUAUCCAGCGACAAUAUUCAAAAGGAUAUUCAGAGCUGUGUAGCAGGGCUCAGGAGACGGAGCAGCCAGCACACAACAAACUACUUCUCAAAGUCAUCAGACACAAACCCAAGGGACCAGGAUAUACCUAGGACUUCUGUGUAGGGUGACUAUACGUCCUCUUUUUCCCCGGACAUGUCCUCUUUUUGAGACUUAAAAAAUGCGUCCGGCCGGGAUUUUUAAAUCACCAAAAAUGUCCAGGACUCGGGUUUUCUAGUCUGCACUCGCUAUUCUGUGUGUAUGUUUAUGCAUUGGUUUGUUUUUAGGUCUUUUUAGGAGUGCAUCUGUUUUGUUAAAAUAAGUCUGAUUUUCACGUGCACGUACUAACACAGAGGCUCUUGUCAACACCAUGAUGGCCCUGCAUUCUGUGGAAAUUGCUCAGCAAGCACUAGAAGACACAUCUUACUGCUGGGUCUCUAUUGAUGGGAGCAAGUAAUUAAAGUGAAUCAAAUUAAAGUUAAAAACACUCCUAAUAAGUCGGCUGAUACGAUUGUACAAUACAUCAAAGAAACUAAAGAAUGAAGGGAUUUUUAUUUAUAGGUGAUAACUGUUUUUUAAUUUGUUGGUAUUAUUG